UCAUUAGUGGAGGUAUGUUGGCGCAGCAGCGCUGGUGGGGGGAGCCACACCUGAGCAGGUCGAGCGCCGGGACGACGCAGCGGGCCAACAACUCCGCCCCCUCCCUCCCGUGCCGUUGUGAAAUCUGCUGAGCCUCUCCGCGGAGCGCUUCAUCCAGAGCUCGCUCCUCCGCUUCGACGCCGAACCGCAGCAGCAGCAGCAGCAGCAGCAGAAGCAGCGUUCAAACUCCUGGUAGAUAUCUGAAGUUGGCCUGUGCCAUUUCCACGGAAAGGAGCUUUCCUCGCUUGCCCUGUCUUCCAUCAGCAGGAAGAGAAGGCAGACUGUGAACAACCCCCGUCAUGAACUGGGCAUUCCUCCAGGGCCUCCUCAGCGGGGUGAACAAGUACUCCACCGCCUUCGGCCGAGUCUGGCUCUCUAUCGUCUUCCUCUUCAGGGUCAUGGUGUUCGUGGUGGCGGCGGAGAAGGUGUGGGGCGACGAGCAGAAAGACUUCAAGUGCAACACGGCUCAGCCGGGCUGCCACAACGUCUGCUAUGACCACUUCUUCCCCGUGUCCCACAUCCGGCUGUGGGCGCUGCAGCUCAUCUUCGUCACUUGCCCCUCACUCCUGGUGGUGAUGCACGUGGCCUACAGGGACGACAGGGAGCGGAAGAACAAGCUCAAGUACGGCGACAACUGCCGCCGCCUCUACGAGAACACCGGCAAGAAGCGCGGAGGCCUGUGGUGGACCUACGUGCUCACUUUGGUCUUCAAAAUCGGUGUGGACGCCACCUUCGUCUACCUCGUCUACCACAUCUACGAGGGCUACGACUUCCCGUUGCUCAUCAAGUGCGAACAGAAGCCCUGCCCCAACAAGGUGGACUGCUUCAUCGCUCGGCCCACUGAGAAGCGGAUCUUCACCCUCUUCAUGGUGGUCACCAGCCUGGCCUGCAUCCUGCUCUCCAUCUUUGAAAUCGUCUACCUGAUUGGCAAACGCUGCCGCGAGUGCCUCUCCACGUCCCAUCGCUCUCGCCACGUCGUGACCAACACAAUGUCCAGCGGGAGCAACUUGAUGGAGGCGAACACUCUAAAGGUGGGAAGCGAAAAGACCACCCCAGAGACACCUGCACCCUCAUACAGUGUCGCCAUAUCUUGAGAUACUGAGAAAAACAAGGGCAAAGACUUGACACGAGGAAGGAGAGUUGCUUCUCCUGCACUCCACAGGCACUUCCUUAAAAGACUCGGCAGCGGACAUUUGUCCGCUGAGGGACUGAUUCCUGACUGUUUCUAGGCCUAGACUCAGAGGGAUUCUGGACUACAACGCGAAUGUGUCAUCGAUCUGGAAUGUGAUCACUGUUUUGUUGCUUUGAAUUUUCUUUUUUAACAGAUGAAGCCUUCUACAGCCCUUGCGAAGACAAGAAAAAAGGGGUAAAUUGGCCUCACGUCGCGUCACAUUUAGCCUUAAGUUCAUUUAUAUGAGUCACUCCAUGGUUUGGAGAGAACGGUUUCAUAAACACAUGUGGUUUUCUGUGUAAGAUUUUCCCCCUGCUCGUGCCCAACUUCAGUCUGCCCAAUGUUCAGUGGAGACUGCACUGACUUUCCCCUCUUCACUCACACAUGUUCGGGAAAAUCUUGUUGUAAAUACUGUACUUUACGUAAUUUAUCAAAAGUUUUGACAGACUGUGCUCGUGUGUAUGUUACAGGCCUUCUUUUCUUUGUCGUCUCGUUUCCUCAUUCAGCUAGUGGAGGGCAAUGAAGUCGAAAUUCAGUUUCUUUAAAAACACAGUUGUUCAUAAAUAUCUGUUGUUCUUUUUAUAUUUCACAGCACCAAGGUGCAGCAUGGCUGCAUAGUUGUUAACACAUCUUCAUUAAAGAUCAUGAUUUUCAUGUA